GAGGCAGGCAGGCAGACACCGACCACAGCAGCAGCUCAGCAGCGCCAGCAGCAGCAGCAGGAGCAGCAUGACCAGAAACCUCCAACGCAAACGGACCUGACCGCGUUUACACAGACAGCGCUGCCAUUGACAGGUUUCCAAGGCUGACACGUCAACUUUCCACAGUCGAGGAAGGCGAAUAAUCGACUCUGAAGGGUUAGUGGUCUCUGACUACACCGUGAGCGCCACAACACUGAGCAGGUCAGUCACCUCACUCCUCGCUGUCAGAGUUGUCGCUGCUAGAUGGAUGACAAACAUCGUUUAACGUGAUUUUAACCCACAAAAUGUUAAAAUGAUCGGUAUUAUCAUCGGUAUGAUCGGGAUUAGCAUUAUCGGUAAUAUUAGAAGUUAAAGUUGCCGGGAGACGUCUUGAAUCAUCAGUCUGUUUAAUUCCCCUCCUCUUGCAUGGAGCUGCAGGGCUAUAAGACACUAAAUCUGAUUGAGGUGAAGAGUUUUUAAAGUUUGACAGGCUCACCAGUGGCGUGCAAAUGGGGGGAGGCGAUGGUGAAGGUGGGUGGGUGGGGGGUGCGGUCACAGGACUGACAACUGGCACACAGUCAGGUGUUGGUCCACACUAUGUCUGCAGAGCAACAGAGUGAGUUUGACAUGCAAACAUCAGGCAGAGAUUUUCACCUUCAAAGUGCUCACAACUCCUCAGGUGAGUAAUAGAAAAGACCUCAGGGUUCAUUAUGCUGACUAAUGUUGAAUGGUUUUGAAUUGUAUGAUUUAUUUCAUGUUUAAAAAAACAAUUUUCCAUGUCAUGUGUGUUUUACAAAUUCUCAAGUGGAGAAUACAAGUGGAAUCUGCAGAUAUUGCACAACAUGCAGACGCUUCUAUGUUGUUGCAUUGACUGGAAAUUCUUGGUUGUGACUCAGCAAUUAUGUGGACACACGCUUGCAAUGUAUGCAGUUGUGUAGAGGCUAAUAGGAGCUGGCUCAGGAUUGUAUUAUGACGAUUGCCUUUUAAUAGUUGUACCUGAAGAGACAGUAUAUCAAAUUUCUAGUACUUUUGAGUUCCUUUCUUGUUGUUUUUUUAUAUCAAACAUGUGAUAACAAGAGGUAAAAUCACAGGAGGUUUGUGAUGAAUCAUUUACCUGUUUCAAGCCAGGUUGUUUGAAGUUCUAUCAAGGCAUUAUUUGUUUCUGAUUGUUUCUUUAUAGAUUUUGUGGAAAAAUCUAGUCAAGUUUAAUCAUACAUUUUUCCUCACAUACAGUUUUACUCAAAUGUUUUCUUCUUUAAGGGUAGCCAUUACUUUCUAUUAAAUUUCCACUGUUGUGUAAAGGUACUGAGACAAUAUGUAUGCUUGAAAUACAUGACAAUUCCAUCUACUUGCACUAUAGUCAAACUUCCAUUAAAGUGAUUGGGUUAAAAUAGGAUUUAGUAAAUUACAUAAUAAGAUAAAUACUCUUGUGAAUUCAUAAUAUGAUUAAAGAUCUGUUUUAAGCACAUUUUAAGUCACAUCGGUUAAAAUCUGAGUCUUGAACAUACCAAACAAUCGUAAUUGUUUUGAGGGAAAUGCAAACUUAAAUUGACUGUUAAGAAAUUAAAAAUAAUAACAUGAUUCUUAAACACGAGGUAAAGGAUGACAUUACAUAUAAGCUGAUGCUACAAGUAUCUCCGCAUGAUAACAUGGGUUCGUAGUUUAUUAGAGGUUAAAAUGUCACCACUGAUGUGACAAAACUAUUUUUAUUUGGGAGAACACAUGAUACAGUGCGGUUGAGAAAUAAACCCCAUUUGAAGAAGUAAAGUAAUAAAAGGUCAUUUUUCUAAUGAACAUGCUCAUCUGGAUACACUUCAUAAUAUAUAAUUUCUAGUAUUUGUUCAUUUUUAGUUCAAAUAUAGAAAAUAUUUGGCACUAAACACGAUGUUUUUGGCCGUUCAUUUGUUUCAAGCAUUUCAGGUAUUCAAGUAUUUUUGCUGUAUAGAUUGUAGAAAGUAUUGUCAUUAAGCCUUUAGUUAAAUAAAGUUUUCUAAUUCUUUGCAUUUUUUAAAGUUUUGUUAAGCAGUUGUACAACAUCUUUAAUUGAUAAUCUCUCUUAAAUUAAAAAAGAAGUAAUAUUGAUGUUAUGUUACUAUAAAGAGUAAUCCAGACUGCUAAUCUCCCCUCAUCAAUCCCUAUCGCCUCUCAGCAGUAAGUAAUUGUGUUUUAUUUAUACAGCUUGUAUUAUUAGCUAUUUAAACUGUUUAACCUUAACAGCCUGUCAUACGUAUUUUAUUUUUUUUUGUCCGUUUUCUGCCUGCAGAAAAGUGAAGCCGGCUUGUACAAAGUGGUUUACUUGCUGGUGUAUGUUUAUAGAGAGCACUGAUUUAAGAAACACUCAGUUUAUGACUCACUCCCAUAUGAUUCAAUUGAAAUUUGGGUGGAUGUUUUGGGGGACACAUUUAGCCCUUGUUAGAGAGAACAGCUGUGGAGAGACAAAAGCUGACAGCAAGGAUGUCACGCAGAAAUGGGCCAAGGUCUGAGGUAGACACUUUAAUCGUUAGAGUUGUGGGAAGAUAAAGCUUCUCUUGUUGUUUUCUGUAAGUUUUUGAUCCUCCGUUGUCUUUGGGUCAAGUAAACAAAAGCCCCUGUUAUUUUUUUCAGUGACCCUGCAGGGCCAUGGUACAUCACCCUAAGAAUGUAUUACCAUAUAGCAAAGCUUCUGUUGUCACUCAGCUGGCAUCAAUAACUGAUCUUCAACACUUCUGAGUCAGACGACUGAAAACUUUGAAAAGCUGUUGAAUUCAAUGGUGAAUGCUUCAGCCCUGCAACUAAGAAAUAUAGUUCAGCCAGAAACAUCUCUACCUUUAACUUCAGUGCUGCAUAAGACUUGAUAUCUAUAUCAGGAAAGUUAAAUCUGUGCAUGAUUGGCCUGACUGAAUGUGUUGAUAUACUGCCAGCCAGUGAUAUUAUUGCUUAUCUAGUCGUAUAAUUCCCUUUAAAGCCUUUUGUAUAUGAACAGUUUGUGUGUGAAUAUGAAUGACUUGGACAGAUUUGAACUUUGCUCUAAGGUCAUAAAUGAAAGGAGUGUCUCAAGAUACCAUACUAUGUUUAUGUUGUCCUCACACAGCCUGUGAGUGAUGUUUAACUUGCUGCGGACGCUAAACAUACACACUGAACUUGUUUGAUUUGGCGUACAGUACUCUUGAAAAACAGAAUUUCCAAAUCUAAGUGACACCACCAUGACAGGAGGUCUCUGAUAUGUGUCGUCUUUUAAAAUACCUAAAGCAACAGUUUCCUGUCUUCUGCGCAGUUGCUUGAUGCAGCUUUAAAAAGUUGCGUUUUAAACCCCUGAAAGAACUAAACAUAAUCACUGCAGGGAAGGAAGGAAGAUGCUCUGGUGCUCAUUUGUGUUUUUUCAGAUAAGCAGAUUAAACAGAGGGACACACUUGUAGAACUCAUACUGUUAACCACUUAACUUACCACUAAAAAUCCUCGUUUUUAGCUUUUUUAACAAUUAAAAACACUUUUAGGGGAACAUCAUCAAACACAACACAUGAGAUUGAAAGGAUUAAGGUUCUCAACUUUAAAUUAAGUGCGAGAUAAACUUUAGUUUCACUAUCUGCUCAUUCUUGGCUGCAAAAUUUGAUAUCAAAAGAAGUUGUUUAUUGUUUUGUAAUCAAUAGUGAGCUGAAAAUAGAGAAGAAGAGCAUUAGUAGCUGGACAAUUUCAGUUGAAUAGACGGAAAAAUCUUUGGAUGAAGUUGAAAAAAACAACCUCUUUUUGCCUUUACAUGUGACCAAAUCUCUGAACAAAAUCACCAAAAAAGUUUUUUUUUGCUGUUAUAUCCACAAGCAGACUCUAGAGCGCAUAAAAUUUUUUUCACAAGUGAAACACCUGUAACUGUAACAUCUGCUUUUAUUUUCUCUAAACAAUAAGAUAAGAUGCUGCGGAGAAAAAUCGCAACACCUGCCAAGUGAGAAAUGAGUCACGCUUAGAGUCGGCCUCAAAGUGAGCUCUCAGUUCUCGCUUCUUAAUGAUUUAUAUCACGGCAUGAAAAACGACGUGUUGAUGCAAGCUGCCAACAUGAUGGCUCUCCAUAUAUCUAUCACAUCAUCGUUGUCUUCAAUGUGUUAUGGUGUCUAAAUGAAUCCAUUAGAAGCAGAACUACAAAGAUCUGUCAUCGUAGACUCAAAAAAUAAUUUGUUUUUUUCAACUGUGCCACAUUGGGAGACUAAAAAAGGUUAAUUUAGCAAAAUUUCUGCAUCGUAUGUCAUUGUAAGGGUCCUCCUGUCAACACACAAUCUUGGUUUUAUGAGGUGUUUUGGUGAUCCAACCACAUGUGGACACUGUUUUAAAUAAAUCAAGUUCAGUGUGAUUAUUAGCAACUUGUUUGAGGGGUUUGUUUCAAAAUAGCUCUGUGAUAAAUAGUUAAAUUAAUCAUUUUUUGAUUGUAAAACAGACUAAAAUUCCUAUUGAUCCUUUUUUAUGAUUCAGAAAAGCAAAAGAGAUCAUGAAGGACAAGCCCGACAGUUUCUGUAGUGCCAUUUAAUGCCUGAAACUGAUGUGAAGGGGUAGGUGUCAGCCGAACAGUUUACAGAAAUAGCCCUGUUUCUACAAUGUCUACUUUACACAUAAAGUAUUCACAAUAAAUGAUACAUAGAACUACAUUUUUUUUCAAAAGACACAAUUUAAACAUGUAGAGGAUAAGGCAAACUGAGACUGAAUUGUCCACAGGGGGGUGCCAAAAUCACGAACCAAAAGUUCGUCACAGGAGCUUUAAGCGCUGUCCACUUGUGAUUCAUUUCAGCCAACACAAACUUGAUAAAGUGCCAGUGUACUUUAACAUAGAUAUUAUUCAAUCGACAGUGGGGAUAUGAAGCAACCUUUGUCAUAAUUUCUUUUUUAGAAAGAUGUGGGAGCAAACAGCAGUUCCUCAGGUUCAAAUCUUUGUCCCAAGUGGGGAUUCGAGAGUGACUCUGACUUUUUGUGCAAGAGGUUCUCUGUGAGUUCAGUUGAUGUGGUUUCGCCGGACGCAUGAGUCAAGUCCUCCCCCUCGAUUUUAAAAUUGGCUAAUAAUUUCAAAAUGCCAGAAGGUCAUGAAAUAAAACGUGAAGAGAAGUCAGUAGCUUUUUACUUUCUUCUUAAGACUUUUCCACCUCUGCUUGUGGCAUCAAAUACAUUUAUUCUUCUUACUGAGGAAAUUGUAGUUGCUCUGGUUCACACUUCAGCAGGAAAUAUUUCUAAAGCAGUGGGAACAAUACUCUCAUUUGACUUCAUAAACACCAUUUAUUGCCAUCUUACAUGACAGCAGUCUGUUAGAAUGCUAAUUAAGCGAGUGCUGUUCCAUGAGAUAGUUGCGCUCUGGCUGAUUUCAGUUUAAUCAUAUUGUUAUGGGAUUAUUAAAAAAAUAUUGGAAACCAACAUGUAGAACUUUGAACUGGCACAGUCUUGCCCAUGUCAGUUAAUUUCUGUUUAUUUAUUUUUAAUUCAGACAACACCACAUUGUUUUUUUCUCUCUCAAAAUAGCCAACAUCUGCUUAAAAAUUUUGACUGUGCUACGUAGUCUGUUGAGCGAGUGUGACUUAUGCCUGAUGUCACUCAUCACUAUGGCACUAAGUAGGUGAAAGAUGGAGAGAUAUAAUGACGGGAGCAAAGUAGUACUGAAGAAAGACGAGUAAACAAACAAUUUAUGCAAAGAAUUGGUACAAUUUUUUAAAGAAAAAAGUGAUGCAAUAAGACACACUAUACUACUGCCAAACAACUGUGAAAUGUACAGCCAUGGAGCACAAUGUCCGAGUGCAUUGAGAAUGUCUUAAAAUAGGCCUGUGAGUGUGGUACUGACCAACAGAUUGGAGAUGUGCCCAUGACAAGAGUCUUCAUCCAUUCAGUAGACUACAGGUUAUUUUCAUCAUGGUUAAUCAUACUUAGGCGUGACCAUUUAAUUUAAAGAUAGUCUGGAAACAUUAUUUUUUAGUUGACUUAGCUUGUUUUAUUGUUUUCUUUCUUUCUUCAUUAUUUCCAAUUCAAUUUAUUUAUCUUAUUGAAACAAGAUUUUGGUCUUUAGGAAGUCAGGCCACGUGCGCCAUGUGCAUUUGUGUACUUUCCUCUUGAAUACACAUUUCUGUGAGUGUAGUCACAGGAUAUAACGAGUACCCAGCUACAAAUGCCUUCACAAAGCAGAUGUUGAUAACACACAAUUACAAAUGCUACACAAUAAGAGAAGAAAUAACUGCCUAUACUACGUCCUGAAGAAGUUUGCUCUCAACACCUUGUCUUAGGGUAACAAACACAAACAUUUACUAUUGGUAAUAGGGGUUAAAUACCUAAUUGUGUUUCAGGCAACAUAGUUUUUACACUAGAUGGAGACUUACUUUUGUGUCUAACAGUCAACAAGUAAUUUCUUGGAACUGGUUUGCAUGGGUUGCUGAAGAGUAAAAACAAGGCAAACUUCCAAACAUACAGUCACAUUACACAGUAGAUAGGCCAGUCAUGAAACAGAUAAUAAAUAAUAAAAAAUGUGCUAACUCCUGGCUCUUGAUCAAUGAUAGACAUGCUGAUGAGAAAAUAUGUUUUUAGGUACUGUGGGCUGAUAUUUGGCCCUUGUGUCCUCAUGAAUAUGUUUGGUAAGGUGACAAAAGAAAACCCUAAAAUGCUAAAACCCUUUCACCACAUGACUUUAUGUCGGGUUUUAGAUAUAGAGAAAGCUGAAUCUUGAUGGACCUUCAUAUCACAUAAACCAAGUUUUAUUCCAAAUCCAAAACUAAAAGCACAACCUCCCAACAAACACUUGCCAUGUUUUUUCUUCCUUACUUUCUCAACAGACGCACUUCAUUAGCAACCACAUCUGCCAAAUGAACAGUGCGCAUGUUUGUGUUCAGUGUUGUGAAAGCUUAUCUGGCAUAUCAAAGAUGGACGACAUGAAAUGUAAGGCAAAAGACCUGAAGCUCCCCCUGCUGGCUGCAUAGUAGAUCAUGAAACAUACUUCCUCCAUGUUAGUAGAUGGGACAUGAGUCAAUCACACGAUAAAAUUAAGAUACUCUUUGUAUAUUUUUUUUCUCAAAGUUGUUUCUUUUCAUCAAUGAGCUAGAUGGGUUUUAGUUAGCAAAAUUAGAGGGGGAUUGGAACAUUGAAGAUAGUAUCCAGUAUCUAGUAUCUUCUUGCCAGCUUAGCAACUGACAUGUAUUAUUUUGCCAAUCCAGUCCAUGACACAGAACCAUGAAACAAUCCGAACCCUAAGUUUUGUGAUCAGUUGCAUCCCCGCUUAUUUUAGCACAUCGAACAAUGCUGGGAAGACAUAAGAAAAAGGCUGUUUUCUAAAGCAGUGUCCUCUGUGUACACCUUUCCCGGCUCACGUAUUGACAGUGGAUUCUGUGAAUGAAACUCACGUCAUGUUAUUCUGUUAUUGUCCAGCCAAACAGCAGCGGAGAGCGGCACACUCCCGUCUUUUCCUCUUCCACUUAGAGAAACAGGGCAUGACCCUUCCCGCAUUGUACCUCUCCCUCUUCCCACCACGGUGCCCUCCUCUCACUCCCCAUCUCCGUCAAAACAUAUUUAUCUGUAAAUCAUCUCGGCUGUGAUUUCCCACACAACUCCCACCUUACAUAAAGUGAUCAUUAACCUGUGUGGCAUCGUAAUACAGCAGUCAUAUUGACUAUUUGUCUCCAGAUCUGUCUUUAUGUGUCAUUCUUUUCUCUUUCUUGUGUCCUGUCUUUAGCACAUCUGACUUCUCAAAGGUGUAUGAGUGUGCGCGCGCAAGACCACAAGACAAAAAUAGAGUUUGACUUUGCUCUCAAAUCAUAAAUGGUAGGAGAGCCCUCGUCUCUGCUUUGUUUACGCUGCCUUCACGUGUUAUGAUACACAUUGUAUGCCCUUCAUAUAAUGCGCUAUGGUGUUAGUGUGUGUAUGUGAGAGUGUGUGUGUGUGUGUGUGUGUGUGUGUGUGUGUGUGUGUGUGUGUGUGUGUGUGUGUGUGUGUGUGUGUGUUUGAGGCCUUGACAGCGCACACCACUCCUUCCCCUUAUCCAGCGAGGAAGCUCUUAAGGCUCAAGAGACUCAUCAACCAUUAACUCCUACUAUUUAAAGGAAUUGGGGGAAAGUUCAUGUCCUUAGAUUAUUGUUGAAAACUGCAGAUUCCCAGAGAGUAUGGAGCACACAGAAGCAUACAGUAUUCAGACCUGCAGUGUGUGGAAACUUGUCUCCUUCUCUCUCUCUGUCCGUGAGCAUGUUGUCUUUCUGUAAAUAGAGACCUGCAGUGCUCUUAUAUGCUUUUGCAUGUGCAAAUAAAUGCAGCACGGUGUAUACGUGUGUGUAUGUGUGUAUACAUAUGCAUACACUGUAUGUGCGUGUUUGUUUUUGUUGGCAUAAAGUCUUCAAUAUGUUUCUAUCUAAUCCCCAGAGUGCUUUUCAGUAGAGUUCACUCAGCAUGCCGUCUUGUAAUACAAGGCCCACCUCACGUCCCAGUCACAUUAUGAUUCUGACAGUGAUGUAGAUCAUAUCCUGAGAGGCAGUGUGUGUGUGUGUGUGUGUGUGUGUGCUGGUGUGUGUGCAUGUGUGUAAGUCUGGCAAGCCAAGCCUUCCCAUCACAAUGGAUUAUUAUAUGAUGUGACGGUGAUCAAAAGCUUGGUUCCAAGAUUGAAGAGCUAGAUUGGACCCUUUUGUUUUAAAACGGCUGCACUUAUGCAAACCAUUGAACGCUUUAACAUUGUGUCUUUAUCGUUGUUGUUGUCCUCAUUUUUGUCUUGGACCGAAUAAUUUAAUGUCUCCUGCUAAUCAGCACCAGAAUUACCAGCUGGUUAAACACUGUAAAUAGUCCAUAAUUUUGUUAGUGUUGUGUGUAAGCAGGGCUGUGAUUGGCUGUUCUACUAUCCUGAUGUAAACAAGCGCAGAUAAUAACAGAUGGCAUCUGGUAACAUGGUAAAAUUAGAGAGUAUUGUAAUCCAGGAAUUGGAGAUGAAGUUGUUUGAAGGGUGUGUCUUGUUAAACUGGUGUAAAACCACUUGGCUGGAGCUUUAACUAAUCAACACAGACAUGUGUACAUUAACCUGGUAGAAGGAUUGAAGGCUGGUGGUGCGAGCUCUGCUAGAUUUAGCCACACUUUAGUCCUCAGUAUUGACUGUUAUCUAAGUGUUUUCUUACUGUUAGGUAGGACUGGGCGAUAAAACAAUUACAAUAUAUAUAAAAAAUUAAUUUCCCUCAAUAUCAAUGUAAAACAAUACGCUUUUCGAUAGUCGGCAUUCUGCCAUGUUUCGAUAGACAAUACGAAUAGCCAAUGAAAAGGGGAGUUGCUCCGGGUCCGCUUCGCACUGAACCAAUCAUGUGCUGAAUUGGAACCAAGUAGCGAACAACUGCAUAGUAGCAGGCUGCAGCUACACACAAUGAUAGCACUUUAACACGUGAAGCGGACAGCACUGUCAGUGAGAAAAAAAGGAAAAUGAAUGUUCCCCCCAGCAGAAAUCCAGAUGAAGGCCCAACAGAUGACGACAUCAUCGACGACACUGGUACGAAAACAUCGGUGAAAACGACAAAAGACAUGCUACCAAUAAGCACUCUUGAAUUUCAUAUUUUUAUAUCAUGAUAUACAUCGAUAUUGACUGAUAUGAAAAAGUAUAUCGUGAUAAACUUUUUCCCAUAUCACCCAGCCCUACUUUUAGGCUUGUCCUUUUUGCAGGAUUUAAAUUUCCGUUCACAAGACAAGAAAAUUGGAUCAUCCCUGGAAUAAUAACCCCCCUACACAUUUUUUUUAGAGGAUCUUGCAAAAGAAACCUCCUGACUCCACUCAGAAAGCGCUGAGCUGACCAAUGUGGUUGAAACAUGAUAAUCAAGAGGUAAAUUACUAUCUCGUGUGCAAGCGGGAGAACUGAUCGAGAGGAAACUGUCUGAAAACGAUAACUACGUGAAGUGUGGCACGCUGAGUCGGAGAGCUACUCGUUGUGCCCUCAUCACUCGGGUUGUCAAAAGUAAAGUUACUCUAAUACUUCAUUAAUAUAUUAUAUGUUUAAAAAAAAACAUGCUUCAUUGAGUUUACAUUAUUAAUCUUAAAAAGUACCAACAUGUUUUUAAAAACACUUCAGGAGGCCAAUUUCGCUGAGAGGUUAAAUUGUGUCUCAUGUACUUAAGAUAGUUAUCAAAGCAGAUGGCCCAGGGUUAGAUUCCAACCUGCGGUCAUUCACCAUAAGUCAAACCACUCUCCUUCUUCUCAUUUUUCUUCUCUAUCUGUCGACCGAUUUCUAAAUAAACAAACUUAAAAAAAGCUCCUUGUUCAGAGAAAAAUAACACCUAACCAGCAAGUGAGAGACAGAAGAAUAAAACUGCGAAUAAGGCAUAUAAAUGUUAUUUCCUGAUUGACUUGUGCGUGUGUUUUGUUGCACAGUAUAAAUAAACACCCUCGAUAGUGCUGGAGUAUGUGUGAUACAGACAAAACACCCACUUCACCCUUUAAUACAGCCUGUCUAGUCUAAACUUGGGUGUGGAAAGAUCUAGACAGGGGUGUAAGCAGAUGAAUGUGUUGUCAGUUUUCUUGUCUUGCGAACACAAAAUAAACAAAAUUCAUGAAUGCAUGCAGUUACCCACAGCUGGUCUUCUAUUAUGUUGAACAUUUUUCAUGUCAUCUUUGCAUAGUUUGCAUCAGCCGCUGUCUCUGUGCACACUCCAGGUACGAAAGCGGGGUCGAAAAAGCUACUGUCAAGCUAAUGUGAGACAACUUGACCCUACCUGUCCGACUGUGACGGCUGUGAGUGAAUGAUUGAUAGAUACAGACAUGCUGAGACUCCCUGUCUCAGUCAGUCCGUCUCCUCUGUCUCAUUUAUUUUUCAUAAUUGCUUUACUCUCCAAGUCAAGUCUUUUUUUGAGGAUCUCUUUUGUUAUGCAAGACACACUUUUAAUUGCGCAUCCCCUGCUUAGUCACGUAAGUUUCGUAAAAAUGUCAAUGACAGCAUAAAUUUUCCAUGGUCAGAAUUAAUCAGGAGAAACAAGGUCUGUGUGGUUUGGGUAGAACACGUGUGUGAGGGUUGCGAUAUUGGUGAUAUAGUUUUAUUUUGAAAGGAUAUUGGGCUUGAUUGAGUAAUGCAGUACAGUUCUACGUUUGCCAGAGAAGCUAACUUAACAAUUAAUUUAUCAGCAACUUUGUCUAACAUACACAAACAUCCGGCUGUAAUAUACGAGAGGUGACUGUGGCAUAUUCUGGUCCUAAAGUAAGGGUAAAGCGUAUUUUAAAGAGUGAAUCAGAGAGCCGAACAAUCUGGUGUUGUGUUAGUAUUGCAUGAGGAGGCUGGAGUGAGUGCGUCACCGCUGUCACACCGACCAUGAGUGACUGAGCGGACGGAGAGAAGUGCAACCAGAGAGGCAUGAUGAUGUCGCCUGUCACUGUGAAGAAACAGGAAAUCAUCUGCAUCUGAUGUCUACCACUUAACACACAAGAAGCACACAGGCACACACUGACACACACACACACUCACACACACACACAGGCACACACUCACACACACACAAACAAAAGCAGGUAAGCACACACUGUUCCAAGAAACACUAUCAAAUUACGCUGGAUUUUAAACACCAGUGUGUACAGUAAAAAUAGACAGAGAGAUACAGAUAUUAAAAAUUUGAGAUUUACAGAUUCACACUUGCAACCACACACACAUACACACACACACAUAUACACACAAAAACGCACACACACACAGACCACAUGAUGGUUACUUGUCUGAACUUUUGCUGAGCCCAGACUCUGUCAGAGAGAGAAAAUGUCUGUGUAGUUCCCUUUCUAUCGGUCAUCACUUCCUGAGGAAAAGCAUGACCGCGCACACAUGCACGCACGCACGCACGCACGCACGCACGCACACACUAGGGCUCCUCUCCUGUCACUGUCACUUGGUUGCACUGACCACUCUGAGUUGAAGCGGGAUGAGUAGGGUGAGUGUCCCGUGUUUUGUGUGUAUGUGAGUUAGUGUGUUUUUAUUCAACUCUUUUCUUGUAUAAUGAAGAUAUGCAAUGUUAUAUUUUUAUAUAUACAGAACUAUAUACAUAUCUGUAUUUAUAUAUGCUGUUACAUCUCAUAAAAGGCAAAAAAUAAAUGACUUUAUAUUCAUAUUGAUGAUGAUGUAGACUGUAGAAUUGGUAUAUUGUACUUAUAAUCCAUGCUUGUUGCUCUAGUUCAGACAGUUUCGCCCUAUAAGCAGUAAAAGUUGACUUGGAAUGUGAACUGCGAAGUGGACUCGCUUUCGUGUUGGAUCUUUUGCACAAGUAGCCAUAGAAACCUGCAAGGUCAUGUAUGAUGAGUUUCCUCGUGAUUUCGCCAGAGCAACACAGCAGCCAUUUUUUGUGGGUUCAUGCUAUUGCUGUUUUAAUAUAGCACUGCUGUUCAUGUUUAACUUAAUAGUCUACAAACAUACUUUUCUUAAAAUCUCUUGUAUUCAGUUGACUUGAGUCUGAUGAACUAGAAAGACAGGGUAAGGGAAGUCAUAAGCGACAUAUAUUCCGUUAAAAACAGCAUAUUAAUUCCCACACUAACUACCAGCUAACGGUAGCGGUCAACAUUCCUAUUACCAACCUUGUUGUUCGAUAGCGUCACAUUAUGGUGCAAAAGGCUAACAUACCUAUUUAGCGGAUGUUAAGCUAAUGCUAAUGUUACUAGGAUUCGUUUGAAUGCUAGCGUAGCAGUUCUGGCAAAGCUAUUACUACCCAAAAGGUUAUCAAACAUUUCGUUGAGUUGUCUGUAUGGCAGAUUAAUUAAGAAAUGGUGAAAAUAUACAAACUGGUCCUUUUUUUCUGAUGUUUAUUUGAUAUGCUGACCUGAAAGAUGGCUACUUUGUGAGCAGUGAUUUUUAUGUAUUUUAACAAAUUUAUGCCAAUUUUUGUGCUGGCAGUGUCUUUAUUCGAUGAAAGAAUUAAGGCAAACAAAUAAAAAUACCACUCCACCACUUUGUCACUGCUCCAUCACCAAUAUAAAUCAAGAAUGGGUGAAGUUACUGAUUACAAUUUUGCCAUUAUCAAACUGGAAACCAACCACACUCGUUAUUUUCACAGAAUUUUAAAGUCUCAAGCUGAUAUUAUGCUGCAACUUGCUUUCUACAUUUCUUAAGUAAAGUUCCUUUACAUUCAAGCAAAUUUGAUUUUUUAAACAGUCGUAACAACAACUGAGGAAAUCAAUCUACUGUGUGCUUCCAAACUAUUUUUUAUAACCUCACAUGGUAAACGCUGGUGCAGUGUGCUCUAAAAUUGAGGUUGUGGUUGCUGUCAGCUCCUAAAAUUAAAGGACACACUCCUAAUAGCAAUAAAGUAAUUGAGAAAUUUGGUGGUUUAGUCUUUUAAAAUACGAUAAGGGAGAGCAAAUAGUCACCUUUAUGCAAAAAAAGAACAGUUUCUUCAAUUCAUCUCUGUCUUUCAGGAAUCUUUCCUCCCCCUUAAACUGACCUGAAGUUGACCUGAUCCUUUGUUAAAAACUCACGCUAUCUGCUCUUGAUGUUGAAACACAAAAAUUAGUAAGAAAAAAAUCACAUAGAAAUCAGAGAGUGGUUUCCUGGGCGCUCUUUUACUCAGAGCUGUGCCAAGCAGACUUAAGACUGUGGUUUGAAAACCUCCAACUCUGACAAGUUUGAAAGUUUCAUGAGUGAAUUCAGUACCAGCAGAACAAGUGGGUUUCCAGACGCAAGGAGACUCUCGGUUCUGCAAAUAAGUGGAGUCCAGACCUCUGGCUGACACUUUGUGUAGGUUUUCCACCACUCUCCUGUUUGAUCAUAAAGGUGCAGAAAGGGGAAGGCCCUCUCAGGUAGUUCAAACUGUGGUGGCUUCAAAACCACCAAAGUGAAGAAAAAAAAGCUUAUUUCCUGAAGAGAGGCAGAGAGGCAGGAUGGCUGCUUUUGUUGAUUUUGCAGCUUUUUACACUCUGCUUUUCUUUCUUUUUUCUAUGGUUUACCGACUGAAUUAGUGAAAUAGAUGCUCAAAAUUAGAGCACAGAUUUACCACAAAACAUCAUAUUUCUACUCAUUCUGCCUUAUAGUGAGGCAGAAAUCAAGCGCACUUUAUCUUCUCAAAGUAUUUCUGAGGCCUGCAGUCAGACGUGCAGGCGGGCAUAUCUUUUUUUUAGUCACUGAACCACAAGUCUUUUUUUUUUUUUUUCUUUACAUGAAGAGGUCAGGAAGUCACAGAGCUCUCUGUUUGCACUGACUCUCAGUCUCUGACACAUACGGGCUUUAAUUUACACAGGACAACUGUCAUACUGUAAACGGCUUACUUUGCAAAAAGAGGGGAAAUGUUGUGUUAGAUCAUCAGGAUGUUAUUAAGACGACAGCAGGGGGACUUGUCAAGUGUGGGGCUGAGAUGAAUGAAGCAUAGAGCACAACUCUGCAAAUGGGAAUAAGGCAUUGUGUUGCAUUAGUUUGAUUUUUCUAACCAGGUAAUCAAUCCAAACAUGUCUCCUGUGUCUUUUUUUAACAGCGGUGGUGCGAUUCUCACCCUCGGAAAGACAGCAUAGUAGUUAUUCAAACAGAAAAGAUAAGAGUGUGAAUGCCUCUGAAUGCAGUAGGGCAGGUUCUGCCUUUUUGUCUCUAACGCUACUAAAUAUACCCGACCGGCUUCUGUUUUCACUUCUGUCAUUUUCUUCAGCUACUCCUCAGCUUGUGCACUUUCUUUUGGCUGGCUGUUAAAUGACACGCAGUGUAGGAGUGUGGGAGGCUUCUACGCCCUGUUAAAAAAUGAUGAAGAUGAUGAAACUGGAUGUUUUCCAUCUUAUUCAUUAGGAACAUUUAGUACCUUAUUAGUCUUCUUUUGUAUCUCAAUUUAGAUUUUGUUGGUGAUUUUGCACAAAAGCAGUCAUAAAGAACUUAUUCUUUAAUAUCUAUAAACCAGAUUCAGGGGCAUAUGAGGUCUUCAGCCAUUUUUAGGCAAUAAUCUGAUCCCUGGCUCUUUUUAUCAUUGCAUCCAGCCAAAUCAUUUUAGCUGUGAAGAAAUACGAAAGAUGACUAUUUCAUGAGUUUUGUAACUUUGUCCCUGAAGAAAAGAUUUCACAUCUCCUUGUUUGACCUUUUAGCCUGACCUCUUGUAGUCUGCGUUUGGAGACGAGAGCAUCAUCCAUCUUUCAACAUUGAGCAUUUUAGUAUUACAGGGGCGUCUUUGUACCUUUGACUUCUGUUCAUCUCUGUUUUCUCUUAAGUAAUGUAUUUGUCUGUUCAAAAAUCCCUGCAAGAUACUACUUGAAAAGGUUUUACUGUAUGUCUUGGCUCAAACACUCACACACAAACACAUACACAGUGUCAAUCCGCCUUGCCGGUAUUGAAGCUUGCCAGACCUGCCUGCCAGUUUGCCGUUGGCCUUUUGUUAUUAUGUCAUGAUUGAGGCAAUAGCUGAUAAAAAAACAUACUCCUACAUGCUGCACUCUCACACGGGAGACAUGUUCUGACAUGUGGGAACCUGAGAAGCGGCUGAGGACACCAGCAGAUCUGUCAUGCAUGUGCACAGACACACACAUACACCUCUGCAAACACAACACACACACACAGCGAAAGCCUUUUUUCAUCAUCUAUCACCUUUUAUAUGGCCUGACAGGGUGUGUGCACACACAGCGCUCACAAGUUAAAUUCUGCAGAAUUAGUUCUACAGUAUUUCCAUGAAAAUUCACAGGAGAGAGUCUGCAGAGGAAAUUAGGUUUUACUUUCAAUCAUCACUAUGGUGUAACCGCCUGGCUUCCUUUUGUCUCUCUUAGUUGCAUUAAAGAGGAUUAAAGAUUGUUUUUUAAAGCCACAAAUGUGCAGUUUGAUCUCUUACAACUAUCUCGGGACUUGCUCUCUCUCGCCUUUUCCACAUUAUCUCUUACUCUUUGCGCUCCCACAACGUUUCUGCCUCCUUAUGACGACUCGACGCCAAGCUGGACACAAGUCUUUUCAACGCUGCUUCUAUUUUAAGUUUGGGUCAGAUGGCAUCCAGCCAACAAAAAGGAAAAAUAAACAGGUUUCUUUGGUUAUUAAUAGUCAGCAUUUUCCCCUCGCAGCAGCUUCCAAGGCAGUGGAGGCGAUGUAGACACACACACAUGCUUCUCUUUCCCCCUCCUGUUCUGAAACAAUGUCACCUCCUUGGUGAAUUUUAAGUAGUUCCUCUGCUAAUUUUCGCUGCCGCAGUCCAAGCAUGUAAAAAGGAAACAAUUACUAUUUGAGGGAGGAGGAUGUUUGCUCCAGGGGGAUGUUUUGCAAGGUAAUGUGAAGCCAUUUUUAUACCUGGUGCUGCUGUACCAUCGGAAUAUUGCUAUUUUAGUUUUGUCCUGUUGCAUAAUUCCUCGCAUUCUUUGUUACUUUCUCUUCCGUAUCAGGCACUCGUUGAUUAGGAGAGGUUUAUUUUUGGUACUGAAUACAAAAGGUUGUUUGGCACACCAGGUGUUUCAGAGGACUGUAUCGAUUAUUUAUAAACUGGUGCUACUCUGCCUCUUCCUCUCCGGAGUUUCUAUGAUUUUAAUCUGGGCCUGGAUUCAAGUUUAUUGUCGCCAGCUUCAGAGAAGAGGAACAAAGCAUGAGGAAACUCUAUUGAUUUGGUGUUAGUGAUAAAUAAGCCUUUUACCUUAUAAUCGAUUUUCUGUACUCUAAUUUUGCACAAAACGAGUUAUUUUUAAAGCACCUGUAAGGAGUUUUUUAUUCUUUUUUUUUACAUUUACAAAAGAGACUGAACUUGAUAUUGCAGCUUUUUUAUGAUAUUUAAAUACAAACAAGAUCAUCAGAAAUAUAACUGAUGAUUUUUAGAUUAUAUAGGAUUUUUAAUGACGGAAACCCGUGCAGGCGGGCAGGUUUCAGCCAAGCAGCUUUUCUACAUUUUUCACAUAAAAUAUUUACAAGAAAUUAUAUAUUUAACUUUAAAAAGCCAGAAUUAUAAGGUGUUAUUUUUGACAGGAGAUGUUGCUUCGGCAUAGAGGACAAGAUAAGCAAAGACUGUUUUGCCCACAAGGGGCACCAAAGUUGGCUCAAACUGAAAAUCUUCACUGGAGCUUUAAGGACACUUAUGUUAUUGAAGUCCGUAGGGCUGUAAAGUUCUAGUUGACUUAUUGUUCGAUACUUGCUGAGCCGACCAAAAUUCUGAUUGGUGGACUCGAUUAUUUUCUGUGUCAAUUUACAGCCUAUGGUUAGUUUUAUCAGGAGGAACAUACCAAGUGCUAAUGGGGGUGUUUUCAGAGCACCCCUGUUUCACAGGUAACAGUCUGUCUCAGAACAACCCCCUUUGUUUUCACCAUUUUUGAUUUGCCUAACCCACUGGAGACCAGCUGGAGACAGUAAGAUUGAAGAGCGUCCAUGUUAACAAACACCCCGUGGUUUGCUAAAUAUAAUAUUUGUGUUUGAUUGCCUUCUUGUGCUGAUAUCAGUAUAUUUUUACUCAGCCGAGACGCGUCAUCCCCUGCCGCAGAGGGGUUUGCCAUCAGAGUUGGAAAUUCCCCCCCCAAUUGGUCAAUUUUUGGUUGAAAAUUUCAGAGUUUUAGUCAACCAAGAAUUUGUUGGGUUGAUUACAGCCCUAGUAGUCUGCUUUCUUGUGUUUCUUUUGAGUAAUGAGUGUGCGAGUUGAUUUGUAGGAAUAAGCUUAGGUCAUUUGGUCAAAUAGUUGAUAAACGUUGAUGGAACAAAGUUUACUACAUAAUUGUACAACCUUAUGAAGCACCAGAGAUGAUUUUAGUUACAAGUUGAAAGUUCGAAGCAGUUUGUUUUGAAGCGAUGGAAAGCCUUAAUUAUCUGUCAUUAAAUAGAAGUUUUACAAGUGCACGCACAAAGCAAGAAAAACCAACACAACAAGCAAUAAAACUAAUCAUUUAUUCCAACUCACGCCAUCUUCAUUCCUCACCGCUUCUGUCAUCUGAACUGAAGAUGAACUAUUAUUUGACUCCAGCCUUGUUUGUAGCUGCCGACUAUCUCGCCAACUUUGUGAAGAUUUUUUUUCAGGCGGUGUAAAAACAGGAUUAUACAUCCUUUUUUUUUCAUUUAACCCGACCAACUGAUUGCCUCACUGCAUCUUUGGCUUUUCAUGACUUUUCUGCUGACAGUUGUGACCAAAUAACCAAUAAUAAUCAUAUGCCUCGUAUCUGUGGCACAAACUCAUACAUUAGCGUCACACACAGGACAGAUUCAUUUCCUCUUACAGAAUCGCUGGAGUAAGUCUCACGUGUAAAGUACCUCCCUGAGAUGAAAAGUCUUGGUCUGUGUCACAAUAAAGUCCAGAAAACUUCUGGAUUAGACGGAUAUACUUUCUAUUGUACAAACCAACAAGACAUAAAUUAUUAUAAAGUUUGGAACAGAUGCAGGCAAAUGACAGUUUAUUUUAACAUCAGGAUCUUUUCUGUCUGGCUCUUUCAAACUAGUCAGAAAAGCUGUUGGACAUCUGUACAGCUUUUUCUUUUCUUUUUUUUAACAUAUUUUGUAUUUGUCUUCCUUGCUAAGUGUUUUAUUUCAGGUUUAUAUAUAUUUAUGUCACCAAAUAAGACAGAGGUUUAAGGAUAUAUUUUGUGAGAGAGAGUAGGGAGUGACCACAGGUUUGAACCCAACACAGGCUGCUCACUUGAGGGUCACUACCUGUAUUUGUUUGCGAGUUUAAACCACGAGGCUUUUAACAGCAUCUGUUUACAGUUUUUGUACUAUACUAUUACACUUUACAGUCUCUGCGUAAACUUACUUGGAACUGAUUCCAGUUUUUAUUCUCGUGCUGAUUCGAAAAUCCUCUUUACAAAUGAUUUCCAAAAAGUCUUGUGUUAUUUAACCUUGAUUAUUUAACUCAUUCAGUAUGCGGUUUGCUCGUGUGUGAACAAGAGUAACCUUUUAGACUUUGACCAUAUCGGCUCACUUCUCUUUUCAAAUGUCUGGCAAACCUGAGUUAGAUAUCAGAAUCACUGAAGAGCCUUUUUUUGAAUUGUUGGACUGGAAACUUGGCGAGAACUUGUGGGGUAGAAAUCUGUUUCCAGGACUGUUUGAAUUUGCUCUUCACCUUUUUCAAACUAAAAAAUGGUUAAAGAUGCCAUUCUACUUUGAUACAUCUUUGAUGACUGUAAAAAAUCAAUAUUAAUUGGAUAUAUGUAUGAGUUAGCUACCUUGCCUUGAAGCAGCUGCUGUGAUUUGGCUUGGCUCUGAUUGGUUGCGCAUUUAAGAGUUGGUUUGCAACCAGGAAGUGACCCUUGAUAGUCUAAACUCAGUAGCAAUAGUCACCACACAUUCACUACGUCCCUUGUGACUCGGUUACGUGGAAAUUUUGAUUCCGACUUGACUCUGGGGAAAACAUUUCAAAUUGGACACCAAACGUACACGUGUUUGAACUACAGCUGAGACAUGUGGCUCUUUGUGACAUUGUACACUGUACAAAAGUCAACACCAAGCGACAACCUCCGGUCUUGAGAAAUGAUGCCAACGCAGAAGUGCUAAAAACUGCAGUUCCUUGAGUGUUUGUUUGAGGCUGACUGAAAAAGAACUGCCAACCUCUUACACAGUCCUUCAGAAGAGAUUGGAGGAUAUAAGGGUUGCAAGUUUUGCAGCAUUGACUAACAGGCAGAGUGCAGUUCAUCGUUGAGCACUUCCAUGCCACUUCUUAGUGGUUCAACUUAAAGUUAGGUUGACUCAGGAAUGUGGCAAAAGCUGUGGAUAGACUUCAAAAUGAGCAUUGUAUCAUACUGUCUAUGAUAAUCACACACCAGGGGAGCAAUGUUACUCGCAGACUUGCCCUUCGUUGGACUCACUUUUAGCACUUUUGUUAUGAAUGUCCUCUCCCCCAACAAGACGUAAAAGCAAAUAAAUUAAAAUGCUUCAAAUCAACUCUCAAAAAUCAUAGAAAAACUUGACUAGCAGACUGAGGUGAACAUGUUUCAGUUGUUAAAUAAUGGCAAACCCUCGUCAGUUAGCGUUAAACAGGGGGAGGAGGUGUGAAUGUGGUGUGAGUGGGUGAAUUUGGCACGAAAUGUGAAAGAGCUUUGAGUGGUCGGAAAACUAAAAAAAUAAGUGCCAUGUAGACACAGCCCGUUUUUUUUAUACUGUGGCACCUACUUGGCUGAUGAAACUUUUUUGUGGAGUGAAGUCAGAAAGUCAGCAGUGCUUUGGUAAAAGUUGCUCAAAUCACCUUGACAUGGAUGUCGUAGGUGUGCAGACAGAGCGUCUCAGAGGCUGGUGUCAUGGUUGAACAAGUGACCGAGUCAACUGGUGACUUUCAGCUGAUGCAACUGUGGUUUUGGUUGAAAGGAGAACUGAGAAAACUUAAGAGUCUGUUGGAUUCCUCUUCCUGUAGGUUUCCAUGAAACAUUAUAUCUAUGAAGUAUUUUUGUAGCCCUUUAAUGCCUGAAACCACAAAUUAUGGCCAGAAAAUUCAAAAUUUUUUGGAGCUGAAAUGUUUAUUUCACUUACUACUGAAAACCCCAAAAAAUUAAAAUGUCCUUAAAAUUUAACAAACAUAUUUAUUUAUCUCGUUUGAUACAUUAGAUGUUUUUGGAAACUGAUCAACUACAAGAGGACAUUUUUAUCAUUUACCGGACUGUAUUUAGGUGUUUUUUUGAUAAUUUGUUGAUCAUAUUGAUUUGAUAUAAGUAUAUAAAAAUAUGUAUCGAAUAUGAUACAAAAUAUGCAAAAAAGGGUUAAUGUAAUUUAAAUCUUUCUGUUUCUAGCAGCUGUUGUAACGAGCGCCACCAACUCAUUUAGAUAAAAGCUGCAAGUUACAAGGGUAGCAUAUUGAACCGAAACACCCACAUGUAGCCUAUUUUCUGCUACAGUCUUCCUAUUACUGGGACUUGAAGAUUUUACAUUCCCAAUAAAGGAAUUCUGCUGAUUUGUAGAAGAAGAAUCUGAAUCCAUCCCGUCAUAUAAUCUGAUUUAAUGUUUGUAUUUUGAAAAGUACAUCCUACUACAUUUACUACAUUCAUUUUGGCAAAGUCGAGUUAAUCAAGUGAAAGCAGCAGUUACUCCAAAACUGGAAGUUGAAUCUGUUACUCAUGCCUUUAAACUAGAAUAGAAAAAUAACCUUUAAAAAAGUGGAAAAGGCUCAAAGCCACAGACAGGAAGUCUAAAAGCGUAAGGUUAAAAGGCAAAAAAAGCGAUGUAUUCAUCCCCCCACACGAGUUUUCUUGGAAUAAGGAAACUGUCGAGCACCACCAGCUGAUCAGUCACUUCACAGCCUUCCAAGUGGAACAAUAAAACCCCUUAAAAGUUGACAGGAGACCAUUAUAUGAAAAAAAAAUCUUUGGUGCUAACCCAGUUCAUCAUUAACAAUAAGUGACUCUUCAGAAAGCUAAAUUUCACAUCCUUGGCCCCAGACGGGCUGAAGCUCAAACAGUCUCUGGAGUCUGUGUGUAAUCACACAGUGAGCCACCCAAACAGAAACAGAGGAAGACGGUGUUUUGGACAGAAGAGACUUUCUUCAGUGCCAGAGUUCGUCUUGUACUCUCUGUGACACAAUCUGCCUCCCUGUUUACAAGAUAACAGACUGCAGGAAUGAGCAGAAGGACGGGGGGUACUCUCCGUGGUUGUGAACAUGUGUGUGGUGUUUCAUGUGUUCAACUUGUCUGGCAGGACAUUUGAUCAUUUACACAGUGCUGUGUGCUGAAUGAGGGCUCGUCUGUCUGUGUUUUGAUUGUCGUCUUUCUCAUCUCACCCUCCUCUCUCUAUCUUUAAAACUCUUCCUACUUCCUCUCCUCCUCUCUUCUAUCUGCUUCUUGUAGUGGUGUUUUCUUUUAACAAGGCCACUUGCAGUCAACUAAGGAUGUUGCAUCAGCUGUCACGUCACUGCCUCGUCUCUCUCUCUCCACAGUAGACAUGGUGGACACCCAGCAGCUCCUAGCCUGGCCUGUUGGAUUCAGUCUAAACGCCGUGGAUCUGUCAGAGCUGGACGACAGCUCCCACUCCCUCGACAUGAAGCAUUUGUCUACGUUAGACUACUCCUCCAUCUCCUCCUCCUCUUCAAUCCCUUCCUCUAUGUCCCCCUCGCUCGUUUCCUGCAUCUCCUCCGCUGGCGUGGCCUAUGACCCCAGUCCACCGCAGAGUGAAGAACAGCUGACCAACAUGGACUACACCAACGUUCACAGUUACAGAGCAGAGCAGAGCAUGCACAGUAAGUACAGACCUGAAUCACUAAUUUCUUUUUGCUGUACUCAAAACUUAACAAAAAAAAAAAGUGACGUGCAGGAGGUAAUACUGAUCAGAAGCAACUUAUAAGUCUGCUAGAAAGCUUUGUUAUGAAAAGUGAGAGUAACAUUCUGCAAGAGAGAAGUAGGUGUACGUGUGAUUUCUUCGUGUCCCACCUGUCUGAUACUGAUUCCCGCCCUCAGACUCAAUCAAGCUGGAGCCGGAGUCGCCCCCUCAGUACUCCGACAGCCCUGUGUUCUCAAAGCUCCAGGAUGACACAUCGGCAUCAGCGCUUAACAUCGAGUGUCGCGUGUGUGGAGACAAAGCCUCGGGUUUUCACUACGGCGUCCAUGCCUGUGAGGGAUGUAAGGUAAGACUGAGAUAUACAAGUGUGUAAAAUAACUGAGAAGACUACAUCUGUGUUGGAGAGGUAGAGACCCAAAAGGAGGGGAGAGAAGUAGGGAUGUCCCAAUCCGAUAUUGAUAUCGGAUAUCGGUUCGAUAUGAGCAAAAAAAAAAGAUUAUUGGAUUAUGUCGGCCUGCAUCUAAAAUCUCCGAUAUCAGCACUCCGAUACAAGCAGUCCACUCCAGGCUCUGCUCCAGCAUCUCAAGCUAGCAGCGCCCGGAUCCAGCAUGCAGCGUGCUUGCCUCGUCCGAAUAUAACAAGGAAAAGGCAAGCGCUAAAAUAACUUUCGUUAAUGUAGCAAUCUAAUUCGAUUUCGAUUUUGCUUUUUUCCGACUCGGUAACUGAAACGCUGGUAACUCGGGUGUGACGUCAUUCCCAGCUCCGACAGCUGACUUCCGAGGUAACUCGAACGCAGCACAAAGUAGCAAGGAGUAGGAGUAAUGUCGGCCAUGUGGCAGUUAAAAAAAAUGUCGCAAAUGAGUGCAAAACUUGUCAUGCACAAGUUUGUGCCGAUAUCGGAUCAAUAUCAGUAUCGGCCAAUACCGAAGUGUACAAUUUCGGUAUCAUAUCGGAAGUAAAAAAAUUGUAUUGGGACAUCCCUAGAGAGAACAGAUGGAGCGACCUCAUAGUUCAUGCCAGGGUUACGAUCCAUCAAUAAUACUGUUAUUUUUUCACUCUGCGUAUGAUUUUCAUAUCACGAGGAUGUACACGUCGAACACUGCAGGUGUCGAAACUGAAAGUAAACACUCUCUGAUCUCAUCGAUAGCAGUUUGUAUUUGCCAAGCACCGGAAGAGCCAGAAAACAGUUUCAAAUCAGUCCAGGUUUCAUCAAGCAUCUGCCUGGGCAUCUGUGAUGGCACCGGCAUGUAUGUUUACAUUCUACAGAAAUAUUACACACAGAUACCCAAACAUGUGCAAUUUGAUCACCAAUGAGACAUUAAAAAGGCAGAAAAUUUUCACAGUAAAAGGUUACAGUAAAAGGUUACAAUCAGGAGUUAAACUUUCCAAAUCUGUGAAAGGGGUCGCGACUUUAGGACAAGGGGCUCACACUCUAACACCAAGGCCGACUGCCGCCUCAUAACAGGAUCAUUUCAGUGAAUUAAUCAGUCUUCGAGUCUUAAACUCAUCUGCAGGGAGACUGACAGACAUCUUUUCUGUCUGAUGAAAUCACAAAUAGAUCUGUGUUAUGACUAAAAUUUCACUACACAGCUGUGGAAAAUGUUUUGAUCGCUGCUCUGAAGAUCGAGCGCACCAUCUCAGUCAUGUCAGGAAAUGGAGACGGGUGUAUUAGUUUCUUCUUUGAAUUGUCGGGUUUUGUUUCUCUGCCAGUCUGGUUCUUUUUUCGGUCACUUGUUUCGCUCUUCGGUGAAACUUGUAAGUGGAAUGUAUGAUAAUGUGAAACAUAAGAAAAGUGUGUAUUUUUACAUGUGUUUGAUGUCUGUCACUUUAACCACAAGCCCCAUGACUUUCCAUUCUGCAAAGGUACAAGGAAGGUGUGAGCCUCAGCAGACACACUGCCAGCCCCUUCAUAGCCUCUGUUGGUUUUUAGUGUCGAGUUUUAAUAGAAGAGUGUGGAGGAAGUUUCACACAUGUUUUCAUUUUCUUUGAAAUAUCAAGACACUACAAGAAAAAGAGGGGGGCGAGAUUUCUUUUGUCACUGCGCAGAAUUUUAUCCAGCCCAGUUUUGAUGAAAAGUUUCAGUUUCUCCAUAGUAUUACAUUUCUUCUUGAUGAACUUAAUGGAGGUCAUCGCUGUCAUUUUAAAAGUAGCUGAAAAUAGUUAAUAUAUGUCAUUUGAGACCAUAAUCAGACACUUUUUUAAAAUAGUUUUGACUUUCAUUGAAGCAUUCAGGGGUUUAAAACCAACUCCUACAAGUUCACAAUCACGUCUACUUCUUUUCCUGUCAUUAAACACACAACAGUGGGUUUUAUGGUUUUAGUGGAUGACAUGUUUCUCUGUCACCACACUGUGGUUUAUGUUGAUUCCCCCCCACUUAAAACAGUCCGCUGAUACUGUGAAAACAAGCUAGCAAAACAAAUUCAAAGCUAAAACUGUGAACUAAUAUUGAAGUUUCCAGAUGAUGAAAUACAUUUUUUUAAGCCUUGUUCAUUUUGUUAAAUGAAAAUGUGUUGAGAUUUUAGCUUUUAUAUUUCAAAUGGUUUUUUAUUGAGUUUCCAAAGAAGUGUAGUGAGAGAAAACAAAACAUAACAAAAAAGUUGGAACUGACAGAGAGCUAAUUGACAAAACUGCAUGAAUGUCAUACAUGGUUCCCAUCUCUAGUGUUUCAGCUUUCAGUAGAUGUCAUCUUUUAGUGUGUAUGAAACAUCACUGGGUUGAGAGCCACAGAAAAAGCAGGGAAGAUUUACAGAAUUCAGAAAACUAAACUGACCACUGACAAGGAUUUCGCAUUAUAAAUCAAGUUUCUGUUACUGAAACAUUGUGAGAUAACAUAAUUGUCUGAUUUACCUCCUUGUUACCUCCGCCAAGGAGGUUAUGUUUUCGGUAGCGUUGGUUUGUUUGUUUGUUUGUCUGUUAGCAACUUUAAAGAGAAAGUAACAGACGGAUUGACCUGAAAUUUUCACCAGAGGUGCGUCUCAGCCCCUGGAGGAUCCCAUUACAUUUGGUGGUGAUCCGGACAAAAUUCUGGAUACUGUGAUCCAGAACACACAAAAAUAAGGGUGUCGUUGGGAUUUUCAAUGCUGAAAGAUAAGCAAUGGGCGGCAGAGUGGUGAAGAUAGGCAGCACAGUGGUGUAGUGGUUAGCACUGUCGCCUCACAAACAUAAGGUCCUGGGUUUGAAUCCCGGUCAGGGUAUUUCUUGUUUAAGGGGGGGCAUAAGCUUCUUGGCGGAGGUCUGCGCUCUCCGAGUGCUUUUCUAGUAUUAUAAUGAACUGCAUUAUACUGAAAGGUGUUGUAAUACUGAUUUACAUGUCAGAGCAACAACAAAAUUGAUUUGUAGUUUGAUUUUAUCAACCCUGUGCACCAGGGUUUCUGUUUUUCUGUCCCCUUAUUCUAAGUCCUACUGUACUCUCACAGGAUGAAUGAAGCUAAGGCACUGUAGUCAUUGUUCUACCAAAGUCUCAGGGGAGACUCUCCUGAAGAGAGAGGAGAGGGGUCAGCCAAACAGGCAAAACACUUAAUUGUUUCAAAACAGAAUACAUUCUUUAUUAAGGUGGAGUCCUGACCCCUUUUAACUUCCUCUUUCUUUAAAUAUCCCAUGAUUUAAAAAAGAAACAUCUAUGGAACUUAGGAAGGCAGAUGCCAAUCACAUUCGACUUCCCAUAAAUCCAGAUGUGGAUCUGAUAAUAAAAAAAACAGAAACUUCAAUACCCUGUUCCUGCGGAGCUUCCUUUGUUAUGCUUUUACUCUAUUCAAUUCAUGUCUUCAUGAGCUUUUAGAGUCAUUGUAGUCAAACAAACCUGUGACUGUGUGUGUGUUUAAGAUUAUGUGUUGGGAGUUUGACCAUGGCUGUGUAGUUAAAAGAUAAGCACAGGAGUCUUAUGGCUCCUUUGGUCCUAAGGUUGAAAACAUCAAAGCACGAAACAAACCUGAAGCACAAUCCACUUUUAGAUGUUCUCAUGGGUAGGAUGAUUUACUUCCUCACUGAUUAGAAAAGAAACAAGAAUCUAAUCUGCAUCGGCCUGACAAUAAAUGCUCUCUAAGCGUCUCUGACGGUGAGAAACUUGUAGAAGAUGAUGGAAAGCAAAGUGGAAAAUUGAAAAAUAAUUAUUUUUCAUUGCGGGAAAAGUUGAUCUGUUCUUUACAUAAACAAUCCCAAUAUCACACCUAUCCUUACUUGCCUGUUCAGAGUCACAUGAGUUCAUUUCAGAUAAUCUGUUACUUAAAUGAUUUUUUAUACUUUAAUCGUCUGCUUUUUCAGGGCAAGUAACCUUUCAACUUUAUUCACGAGUCAGACAUUCUUCUUGUCCAAGAGUGUCACAAAUCUUUCACCAUUUCUCAGAAAUAGGAUUGAAUCGUCGGCGUAGAGCAAGAGAAAAAAAAAAGUGUGAUAUCUAAAGUGUCAUUGUCUGAAGCAUCUCUGUCUUUCUUGUAGGGUUUCUUCCGACGCACUAUCAGGUUAAAGUUGGUGUACGAUCACUGCGACCUCCACUGCCGCAUACACAAGAAGUCUCGCAACAAAUGCCAAUACUGCCGCUUCCAGAAGUGCCUCAAUGUUGGCAUGUCACACAACGGUAAGACUGUGAUACUACAUUCAAAAAUAUGACUGAAAGCCAUACUUGAGUGAAAGCACAGAUAAUCAUUGGUGAAAGUUGGCUGCUCUAAAAUUGCUUGAGGAAAAAUUUAAGUAUCUGAUCAAUUUUUCCUCAAGUAUCAAAGGUAUGUUAUGCUAAACAAAAAGAAAUUGUUCAGAAUAUUGAUAUUAUCUUAAUUUUUGAAGGAAACCAUGAGUCUGUCAAGAGAGUCACAGAACCACAGAGCAGAUCUGAGUGUGAAUUAGUGAUUUAUUAUAGAGAUAAAUGCACACAGGACAACCAAUACCUGCGUAUCAUCCCAUCUAUUCUUCUGUACCACACUGUAAUCCACCAAUCCAUUGAUUUGAUAUUUCUAUAUAGAUAUAAGAAGCAUAGGCUCUCCUUAAGGCAAAUUUUGGACCCUUAGUUGACUUCAAAUUAUACAGUAUAUCUUAUUUAUUAAAAGCAAUUUGAGGUGUGUAACUUACAUUUGGUUCACACUUACUAUCAUUAAGCUAAUGAUUAAUUAUCAGAGUUGGAGACUAUGUUUAAUACCGUUAAGUUGCCAUAAAGUUAUCGUUGUAUCACAGAGUUACAGACAUUUAGAAAGAAUUAAGGUAGUGAAGUGUCUGCACUUUUUAUACCUCUCAUCAUCUGCUGAUCUCCCUUUUCUCUCUUGCGACCUGUCCGUCUGACUGAAUUGCAUAAAAGCGUGCUGGAAGGGUCAACGCUUUUGGGGAAGUUAUUUCAGGGUCUGACUUUUUACCCUUACUACUAUUUUUGAACCAUCAGAAGACCCUGAGUCGUGUUUUUUUUUUUCCAUAACACUAUCGUUGGUGUAUCUCCUUUUGUUGGAACUUCUGCUGGGGGCUCACAGUGAGUGGGUGAAUGGUUGAGCAAGUGAAAAAGAGAGAGGCAAUGUGACGCUGCACCGAGCAAAGCAGACCUAGAAAAGCAAAAGGUCCACAAUCUUCUUCUUCCUCGUGGAGUUGACACCCAUAUUGUUGCAUUACUAUACUAUUUACUCAUUUUAAGUCCCCUUUUUAUAACUACAAAUAAACAUCAACCUUAAAACCAAAUCAAAAAUAAUUCAUGUAAAAAACCAAGAGAUUAUAGGGAAGAAUCAAAAUAAAAAGACACAUUAUAUUUAGGAGAUGUAUUGAAGUUGAAGUAGAAGUUGUCAGAAACAUUAAAGCUCAGGUAAAGUACAGAUACUGUCAACAUAUACUUAAGUGCUGUAAUGAAGUGAUACUAGUUUUAUCACAAUACAGUAUAAUACAGUCAUAGUUUGUACAACAUGCUUGAUGAUUUAAUUUAGGACAAACCUGAGACUCAUUAUUUAAUAUACAGGCAGAGUAUCAACAGCUAAACAAUAAAAGAGGUCAAGUUUGUGCUCAUGUUGGUUCUUUCAUUUUCACGUCCUCUCUUCAGACAGGAACAAAACCCUCUUUCACACUUGCUAUAAAUACGCGCCCUAAAGUAAAAGACUGAUUCUUCUUCUUCAGAAGUCUGGUCCAGGAAACGCCUCCUUGUUCAAACCAGCUCUUCUGUCUUUGAUGCCCCCCUCAGAGACAUCUUCACCACACUGCUGCCAAUUUGGUCAGAGGUGUUGUGAUAAGAUGAGCACAAGUGUACACCACUGCCCUAUAUGUUUCCAGUUUCUUCCUCUGUGGUCUUCAGCCGUAUUCACACCCUUCUGUCAUGGUCCAGUUCCCAUCGUUGGUGCACUUGUGUACCUACCACAAAGUCAAGACUGUGGUGUGUAGACUAACUUUAAUUCCAGCUCCACCUCCUGAAAACAUUCACGCUUUUGUUUGGUGAAACUCUAAUAUUAUAUGGCGGCAAGUAACUGCCAACACCUCCCACACUUAGACGUCUGUUAGUAUUAAUUAUACUGUCAUCCAAAAGCAGUUCACUGCUUCUUCUUCAACAGCUUAACUUUCAACAACAAGCUGCUUCCGCUUUGAGACUAUUGUGAACAAAGCAAUUCGCAAUUACUGGUGACACAAAUAUGUCGUGGUGAUGAUUUUUUCCACGAUGAUGGAACAAGCCACUCCUCAUCUGCUGUGUUGCAACUACUGAAAUCAUCUAUUGAACAAUGAGAUUCCAUUUUGAAACACCAUAUUGAAUCAGCGAUAAAAUGAUUUUUAGUUUUUUGUUUGCCUUCGUUGGAGUGCAUCACGCCCUUUUUGAUAAAGCUGACUGCCUCUUAAGUUUCGGCAUUGACAAUGUCACCAGGUGGGCGUGGAAAGAUUGCAACAGACUCUUUUGAUUAAUUUUGGUGCAUCUGGAGGUGUUGGAAAUCUUGCAGCUAAACAUAAUAUUUCCUCUCAUUCGAACAGUGCUUCUCAUUCCCCCAGUUAAAGCCCCAGUGAGGAGUUUUUAGGUGUUAAUGAAAUAGGAUCAAAUUGAUUGAUCAUCUCUAUGUAGUCGCUUUAUUUGGCUAUCAGUGCUGUGUUAGCUGAAGUGAGCAUGCUCCAUAAACAGACUUUUUCAUUACAUUGUUUAAUCUCAUUAUGGGGCUUUUAUUACUUUGUUCAGAGGAAAAGACAUUAGAUAGAAUGGGGAACCAGGGAGGGAGGGCGGGAACAGAGGGUCACAAGAGGAAACAAACUAAAGGCACCUGCUUCAAGGGCUGUAGCUUCUUAAAGGGAUAUUCUGGCGUAAAAUUAGGUUAGAGUCAAAGACACCGUAGACACCCCCUCGAGAGAUGAAUGUUGCCGACCGCUUGCUUCUCUAGUUAUACCAACUUCAGCAACGACUGCACGAUAGCAAUACACAUUGUUCUACGUCUCCACGCACAAACCUCAACACAAACGCCACUCUAUAGCCACAAAUAAUGCUCAGAACAGCACCUAACUUCAUCAACAGGACAUAUAGGGUCCAAGCCAUAGUACUAGCCAUCAAACAUCUUUUUAGCUCUGCCUGAUUUCUUUAGCAAAGACACCUAACACAACUCACCUACUCUCUUCCAGCAGCCGCUUGUUUGUGGGGGAGCCCUGACGAGUUGAUCACCAAGUGCAGCGGAUCAUUUCCUUGAAGUAAUAAUCAUCGAAAUAAUCAUUUGUAGACAAGGUAGUUCUUCUGCCUGAUUGCAUUUCCAUAAAUUAGUGAUCAUAAAUGUUCUUCCUUGAGCUGCGAAACUCCGCUGCACUCGGUGAUUGACUCGUCAGGGCUCCCCCACAAACAAGCGGCUGCUGGAAGAGAGUGGGUGAGUUGUGUUUAGUCUCUUUGCUAAAGAAAUCAGGCAAAGCUAAAAAGAUGUUUGGUGGCUAGUGCUAUGGCUGGGACCCUAUAUGUACUGUUGAUGAAGUUAGGUGCUGUUCUGAGCAUUAUUUGUGGCUAUAGAGUGGCUUUUUGGUUGAGGUUUGGGCGUGGAGACGUAGACCGCUGUGUAUUGCUAUUGUGUGGUUGUUACUGAAAUUGGUAUAACUAGAGAAGCAAGCAACUGGUGACAUUCAUCUCUCGAGGGGGUGUCUAACUCAGUGUUAUGGUGGGUUUGACCCUAACUUAAUUUUACGACGGAAUAUCCUUUUAACAUAGGACCUUUUUUAACCCCUAAACUAGUGCCCCAGUUUUUGUCUUUUGAUGUAUAUAAUAUUUUGAAUGUUAUGUGACUUUUCUCAAUGGGAUGAAACAUUAUCGCAUAGUUAUACAGGAGAUGAACAGCAAAGAACAGAGAGUUACUUUCUCACCACAGAGGGCGCCAAAAUCAAAGCAAACGCUCAGGAGCUUCAAAAAAAGAAAAUAAUCGACUAGUGGGAGCUAAUAACAAACCAUGAACCAAAGCUGUAACUCAAAAGGAUUACUUCUGUGUUUUCUAACACUGAGUAAAACAAAUAAUUAAUUAUUAAACUUAUUUAUAAAGAUUAACGCUCACGUGGGUGAUAUUUACAAGACUACACCUGGUGGAAUGUGAUCGGUUCUCACUGUGAGAAGCUGUGAACACUCGCACACACCCCUCACAAAAAUGACCAGACAAUGAAGAGCCGAAGAUUCUCCUGUCUAAAAUCAAUCAUACUGUGAAGGAAGGGCAACUUGUUUAGAGACAGAUAAUUAGACACAUUAUUUGGACAACUGUGUGAGUGAUUGUAGCCUCCAGUGUGUUUUUCAUCAGCAUGCAUUGAAAAUCACGUCGCAUUGAAGGUGUUUGCGGAAAAUCUCCCACAUGCUAGCUGCUCUUAUUCCUCUCAGCUUGUCUGGUCCAUUCUUUGCCCUUAUUAAGGUGAAGGUUUGCAGCACAGGCUUUAUCUUAACAGUGUUUAAUUGGUAUAUAUAAUUGUUUGUUUCCACUCUACAGCCGCUUUGUUAUCUUUCAUGUCGCCUUGCUCGCUCGCUGCCACAUGUUGUUUCUCUGCUCUCACCAUGAGGAAGAGUCUUUGCUCUGUGUGGGUUUAUAUUUAUCAAUGAUUGACGUCUCAGAGUGCAUAGACCUCAACUGAUUUCUCCAACCUGCUGUGUCAUUGCAGCAGGCACUCUGCCAAAUAAUGGUAGGGCAACGCUGGUUUGUAUUCAUUUGCUUAAGGUGUGCAUUUAUCACCCAGUCAGCAUUACACAAUCGCAUACACGCUGCUGUAAAUGCAGCACAGGUUCUGAAUGAAAGGAUGAUUAAUGACUUCCACUGAGAGAAAGACAAAAGUUUAGCCGUUUCACAACAUGGGAUCACCUUACAGUGAGACUGCCAAGUGUACAAGCGUAUUUUACUCCUUAUCUCAUAAUAGAAGACAUUAUUUACCUGCAGUAAAAGGGCACAAAAACUGAGUAAAGAAAUGAACACAGUUACAUUUCUAUCAGCAAAUGUUGGAAUAAGAUCUGGCUUGUUUGCUGGGUAAUAUUUAAAGUUCAUUGAAGUAUAACCUGAAGGGAGACGUGGUGUUAACCAGGUUUGCACUGAGCUGUGAUAGCAUAUCUAAUAGAAAGGCAUGAACAUGUUUUUGAAGGGAAGGUAUUAUACUAAAUAAAGCACCUAUUAAAAACCACAAAGAGGUUAAUUAUCACUUAUUUUCCCCUGCGUUGAAUCAUCAUAAUAUCUGUGGUUCAUGUGUGAAAAGUCCAAAACCUAAAAAUAGUUGAUCUGCUAUCACUGAAAGAAUCUGGGACUCUCUCAAAUACUAGUCAGAGAAGUCAUUAACAGAAUUUCCCCUGACUGAUCAAUCAAGUUUUGCUGAUACUCUGGUGACCUUAAUCAUUUCUUUUGUGUAAAACUUUAAACUUGCAUUUGCCCUAAAAAAAUAGCACUCGUUCUCAAGGUUUUGUUUUGUUGGUUUGUUUCAAAGUUUGAAAAUGUCUAGAAAUUUCCAAAAACAUGCGGUACGUGUGUGUGCAUCAUGUAUAUGCCUGCAGAGUCCAGUAGAUAUGCCUGUUAUGUGUGCGUACCUGCAGGAUUAUUCUUGUCCACAUUAUGUUUUCACAUACAUAUACCCGUGUCCACAGUGUAUAUUCACUCUGUUAAUCUGUGUUUCUCUUUGUCCAUUUCCUUUCUCAGCUAUUCGUUUUGGCAGGAUGCCACAAGCAGAGAAGGAGAAACUUCUGGCUGAGUUCUCGUCUGACAUGGAGCACAUGCACCCGGAGGCUGCAGAUCUGAGGUCUCUGGCCCGGCAUCUGUACGAGGCGUAUCUAAAAUACUUCCCCAUCACCAAGGCCAAGGCCAGGGCCAUCCUCUCUGGGAAGACUGGAGAUAAUGCAGUAAGAACUACCUUCACUGUGCUUUACUUUUACACAUUUGCACUGUACAUAUAGUAUACCUGCAUACAAGAUACUUGAUAGACUAAGUGUAUGAGUAUCAGCUUUCUUAAAUGUAACUAUCUCAACUUUAAACCUCUACACGGGUUUCUUCCUUAUGCACGUGUCAAUUUCUCUCUGCACUUUGUUUUUAGUUUCUGCUCUGAGUUUCUUUUAGAUGAUGUCUUUUUAAGCUUCUUUUGCUGCUCUGACAGGAAAGUGGUUUGACUGGUUUCUACAGGUUUGGGCUUUUUGAGACAGUGUCAGAUUACAGCGGUCAAGCUGGGUAACACAGCUUCUCUAGUGUUACUCAGAGAGUUACAAUAAUGAUUUAAGACAUUCAGUAAUUUAUGCAAGUUGACUGCAUGAAUGUUUUUAUAGCCCACAUCAUGGAUGUUAGAUGUCAUCUUCGCUUUUGAAAUGGAGAUUUUGAGAUAUUGAAUCUGAGUUUUCAAAACCAGGAAAUCCACCUCAGCUUAGUUACAAGAGGCAGCUAAAAAAAGUGCAAAUAUCUAAACUUCACAGUGCACAUGGGGGCAAAUACUACAGUUUAGUAAAGGAUUGACAGGAUAUUAUAAUAAAAAGUUGAUGAUACAGUAGAUAUAAGUUGCAUUAUCCUACAUAAGACAAAUGAGCUUGAUCCUUUUCGGAAAUGUUCAAUAUUUUUGAAUAUAUACCCUAUUAACAAUAAAUCAAGAUAACCUUUUUGAAUACUUAAAGCUACUGUGAGGGGUUUUUAAAGGUUUAUGAAACAGGCUGAAAUGAGCCUUGAUGCAUUUUCAUGAUGUAAAGAAACAUUUUCAGUGAGACUGACAUUUUCUAUAUUGUAAUUUUUAACACCUUUGACUGCUGUGAGGGUGUAGGUACGCCAAAGAAACGUACUUUGUUAUGAUUCCCACUGCAAUAAUUCGAAAGCGAUUUACAAAUUUCAAAGUGAAAAGACAACAGGGAGGAGUAUUUAUCAAUUGGUGAGCCGAAAUCAGCAACAAUAAAAGAGUUACUGUUUUGUCCACAGGGGGCGCCAAAAUUGACACAGACAUAAAGUUCCUUACAGGAGCUUUAAAAAAAAACUUUUUGAAAUACUAAGUGAACGUCUUUGGUAAAUCACAUUUGAGCACAGAUGGUGUUACUGGAAAUGUUGAACUAUGUGUCUUUUCCUGAUUGUCACAUUUACUUAGAAUAAAAAGUAGUCCUGGUAGUGGUGUAAGUAGUAAUAGAAGAAGAGAGAUUUCACAUUCGUUUUCUUCUUUCCUUUUUGCAAUAGUCUCGGUCAGAUCUGAUACAUUCAAGGCCAAUCUGGGUCUUUCUGGUCAGGUUGUUAUGACUGUUCAUCACAGUGAUAGGAGCAGCCGCAGGAAGUUUUGGGUUACUGACAAAACCACAGCAAAUAUCCCGGGACAAACAGGGAGUCAGAGAAACAAAGAGCAAGUUACACUGUGGAAUAUUUACAUGUUUUUAAGUAAGAGGUUUUGAUUUCUAUCAAAGUACAUUUAGCUGUUGUUUGACGCUUCUGUUAAGUAAAUAAUUUAACAGAUUUUAACCUGUCGUUUAAAAUCUCUUCAGACUGCAGACUGAUCAGGCGGACAAACGGACUCUAAAGAGAACGUUUCAUAACCUCUGGAUAUUAUCUCUCGCUGUCGUUUCCUUUGUCAGGUCUCACUUCUCAUUUUAUCAGCGUGUAAAAAAGACGGGUUAAGUAUAUGAAUGGUCCCAUUCAUCACACAGGCCGCUGCAUGUCGUUGCCAGUAUUUUACCAGACAGAAAGCGUGUUUUUAACUCAGUUAAGCUUCAUUUACCUGCAAAUGUUGUUUUUGUCUGCCUCAGCCUGCAGCUAACAUUUAUUUACUUUGCCCAUCAGACAUAUGAGAUGUGCCGUGUUUGCUUUAGCAGGUCUGAUGAAUGAGCCAUGACCAAAGUGCAUACACAGUAUAUGGGAUUUGCGGCUCACAUGUCCUCAGAGGACCCAAAAGGAGCUGACACAGAUUUUUUUUUUACCCUUUUCUUUUCUGCGAUCAUUUUCUUUUGUUUUUUUCUUCCCUCCUCAAAUCUCUUUUAUGUCUUUUCUCUUCUCUCCUUCCAGCCUUUUGUCAUCCAUGAUAUGAAGUCUCUGAUGGAAGGGGAGCAGUUCAUUAAUUGUAGGCAGAUACCGAAUCAAGAGCAGCAGCAGCAGCAACAGCAGCCCACAUUUGCCCUCACAGCUGCAUAUGGAGGUUAGAAGCACAACACACUUUUCUCAUCGUUAUUUGGAGAUGAAAUCAAGUCUGUUUUCUUUCAUUUCUUUAAGAUCAGUUGCUUGUUGACUUAGGUAACUUAAUUUUUAUAUUAUCAGUCAACAAAACUGCUUUAAGGAAACACAUUUUGUUCCCAACUAAUGCUGAAUUUUGUCCUUUUAUCCAGUUUCGAAUCUCCCAGCAGCUCACCAAGGUUUAGAGCGUGAGAUUUCAGAGGCCGUGGAGCUGCGUUUCUUUCAAAGCUGUCAAUCACGCUCGGCUGAAGGAGUGAGAGAGGUGACGGAGUUUGCUAAGAGUAUCCCAGGAUUCAUCGAUCUGGAUCUCAAUGAUCAGGUUGGAGGAUUUAAAACUGCUGCUCCUUCAUUUUCUCUCAAAUCUGUGUGGAUGGUUGUGUCAUUGACUGUAAUCUCUUCCCAGGUUACCUUAUUAAAAUACGGCGUUAUAGAGGUUUUAAUCAUCAUGAUGGCGCCUCUGAUGAACAAAGACGGGACUCUGAUCUCAUACGGACAGAUCUUCAUGACGCGGGAGUUCCUCAAGAGUCUCAGGAAACCUUUCUGUCAGAUGAUGGAACCAAAGUUUGAAUUCUCAGUCAAGUUCAACACGCUGGAGCUGGACGACAGUGACAUGGCGCUGUUUCUGGCUGUUAUCAUCCUCAGUGGGGGUGGGUGAUUUUUUUUUUCCCUUCAGCUUUCUGUCGCCUAUAAGAGCUUUAAAAUUGGAAUUCUUUGAUAGCAGUCUAAUAAAUGUGUCUGUAAAUGUGGACGAGGAGCCAGGAGAGAGCCACCAUAGACCAGCAUAAUAACCAGACACAAGAGCCUGAAUCCAAAUAAAACUAUAACUUGUCAUUUUACUCUUGAUUCUCUGUACAAAUUGAAGCAAGAAAUCCUAGUUUGAAUUUCCUAGUACUAUAUUGGUGGGUAUCAGCGCCCCAAAGGCAAAGAUUUGCAUCUGCUUCUGAAAAACAUAACACAAGAAUUAUUCACCUCUUCCACAUCCUGUAUCAGGCUCUGAUUAUAAUGAAUUUGCAGUCUUUUGUUUUUCCGGAGGUUUUGCAAUUGAGGAACCAAUCUCAGCUCUUAUGGUAACAUUGUUGCAUAGAUAUUGCAUUGUGUAAUCAACAGUUACUUCAUCCCAGGAGGUUAAAAAAGGGUGUACUUUAACUUUAAACAAGCUAGAUAUUUGUUCAGUGAAUUUUUUAGUUGUGCUUUCACACCUGAAAUGUUCAGAGUUGUUUUGACUUAGGUAUCUGGACAUAUGAGAGCACUAUAAUCACAGUCUAGUGUGGAUCUCAGCUUGAUUUCAGUUUGUAGUAAAAGGACAAAUAGCUGCUUGACACAUGAAACUACUAAUUGUAGGCUAGCGGUAACAGAUUUGUUAACAUGGCUGCGAGGGAAUUUCAACGACAGCUGAUUUUUUUGGUUAAAAAUUGCAAUAGGCUGACGUUACUCACUUUCUCCAUACAGUCCAGCAUCAGCAGAAAAACUGGUGCAAGGUGUGGCAAAAUACACCGGUUCAAGAACUGGUUUAGUCUGAUCUGUUGAACGAGGGGAAUUCGCUCUUUUCAUCACUGGAACCUCCACAUUUGCCAAGCUGGGGUUUUAGCUUUACACGCUACAGUUCAGGUUUCCUUGCCUUUGUUUUGAAGCUGCUGGACACAGCAUCAACAACCCCUCACUGAAAAGUUAAUAAACUUUGUAAACUUCUUUAUUUUACCAGUAACUGGACUUAUUAUUAGGGUGGCCAUAUUCUGAAUCCCUAAAAAGAGGACACUACUACGCGGGAAGGAGUCACAGAGUUGCGCAUAGUUAAUUUUGAGAGUUUUUCGGGUCGGGUCGAGUGUUUUUUAUGCGCUUCUAACUCAGUUAGUCCACACUACACAAACUCAUAACUUGCAUACAAAACCCCGAACAUUUAAAGGAUUUUAUAAACCGCCUCAGACAAGGCCGGACAUCCCCCAAAAGAGAGGACAUGUCUGGGUAACAGAGGACGUAUGGUCGCUCUACUUAUUAUGCUUAAAUGUGCCUAAAUGUGGAUAAGACACUGACCUCCUCUCUGUCUCAAGUUAACAAACAUCUUAUUUUGUUAAGCAAACAUUCUUUAGGGUCUUGGAAUUAGCUUCCCACAAUGUGAAGUACAUGCCAUGUAUACAGACCAGCGUGCAUGACAUUUGCUCACUUACACAAUGGGUAAAAGGAUGUGACCUUUUCUGGCUUUGUCCGGGGGAGUUGAUAAAAUCCUUCAAAUGUCCAGAGUUUUGUUUGGAAGUUUUAAGUUUGUGUAGUGUGGACUAACUGAGUUAGAAGAGCAUAAAAAACACUCGACCCGACCCGAAAAACUCUCAAAAUUGAUGACUUGCGACUCUGUGAUUCCGCCCCGUGUAGUAGUGUCCUGUUUUGGGGGAUUCAGAAUAUGGUCACCCUACGAUUGGUGACCAUUUUUUCAAUUCUACUUUAAAUUUUUCUUACUGAACAUCCUGUGUCAUCUGCUUACAUGGAGUAUCAUUUAUUCAGAUCUAGCGUUUUCAUACCUGAGGUGCCUUUAGUGGUGUGACAUCAUAGAAGCAUGACACAGUAAAGGCAUUUUAGGUCAAGCAACUGUUUUGUUUUUAUCUAAAAAGUGUCCAAAAGGACCAGUUUUGCGCCGUCAUGUUGCUCCAAAAUGUUCUCACUCGAUGUCAGAUUACGAGAGAAGUGAAAGGAGCAUGUGCAAGACAUCUAUACAGACAGAAUGAGUGUUAACAUGGCUGUUCAAGCAAGAGUAAACCCCCUUUGUUGAUAUUUCACCACCUAAUAUUUCAUAAUUUCUCUAACAAUUAAACCUCUUUUAGGGCAGAGGAUUUAUAUACACUCUUCAUAGUAACCACAAGUGAUCAAGCCUCUCUAAUUUCUCCCACAGACUUCUCAGGUUGUCUUGUAACAAAAACGGAUUUUUUUCUCCCAGCAGACAUGUGGCAUCAGAUCAGUUAAGCUCACCAUGAACCUCAAGAGUCAUAAGGUGGCUGCUGUUGACAGAGUUAAGAGUUAUAAACCUUGUUGAGUUUUACAUGCCUUUAAGGCCUGCCUUGACCCAUUUAUCUUCUUCUGCGAGGUGAGGGAUAUUAUUAGAGAGAAAAGGGGAGUAGAAGUGAAGGUGGAUGAAUCAUUUUUUUUCACGUGGAAGUUAUAAACGGCAGCUACAUCACCUAACCCUGCAGUGAGGUUUUAUGGUCGCUGUGUUGUUGAGAAAAGCUUGACACAUUUGGACAAGGAUGACAAAGUAGGUCAGGUUUCGCAGACGACCACAAGAGGGACUGAAAACGACUCAACUCUUUAUGGGUGUAAGAAAAGUUCAGAAAGAGGAAGGCGCAGAGGUGUAUCCUCGAGGGGUUAAUGGUUUAAUUCAAAACCAAAAGAUACGUUUGUCUGUCCUUUACUGUAAAACCCAAACUCUGUGAUCUAAUGUAUCAGGUUUGCGUGUGGCUACUUGAUAAAAGUCUGGCCUUGAACUUGAUGAGAAUUACAAUCAGACAUUUAAGUCAAUUAUUAACUUAAAUGACUGAGAUUAUGGCGUAAAAAGACGAUAAGAUGGCUUUUGUAAAUAGCAAUAAUACACCUACGCUCAGUAAUAAGGGAGAGCUAAAUAAAGUGGGUUGAUUCAAGGGAUUAAGAGGUUUUUUUGUUCUUUAGUCUUCAGUCUUAUAAAUUUGGAUUAUCCUCCAUAUUUCUCCUUCUGUUUUCCUUUUUUUUUAACCAAGUUAUUUCACUCUCCGUGGGCAUCUUCAUCACAUUUUAUCCUCUCUAUCUCUAUCCCUUCCCAGACCGUCCAGGCCUGCUCAACGUUAAGCCCAUCGAGCAGCUCCAGGAGACGGUGCUCCACUCACUGGAGCUGCAGCUGAAAGUAAACCACCCGGACUCUCUGCAGCUGUUCGCCAAACUGCUCCAGAAAAUGACGGACCUGCGUCAGAUCGUCACCGACCACGUGCACCUCAUCCAGCUGCUGAAGAAGACAGAGGUGGACAUGUGUUUACACCCUCUGCUCCAGGAGAUCAUGAAAGACUUGUAUUAGAAUUUUCACUGAGAGGAAAAAAAAAUAAUCGAUGUUAUCUUUGAAAUCAGGGUGAAAUAAAUGAGAAAGCACAGACAAAGAAGGGUUACCGGACAUGCUUGCUAAAAAUGAGAAAAAGAAGAGAGAGGAAAAAGAAAUCAAGGAAAGGAGAAAGAAUCUGAGUGUCGAAUCUUGUCGAGACAGCAACAUGUGAAAACUUUGUGGUGUACAGUCAUUUAGCCACUGCUGAGCCUGGACAUUUUGUGAAUGAGUCGGCUGCCAAGUAAAACACGAGACAACUACCCUCUGCACCAAUCAGACCGAGUGUCUCUGACAUCCUGGAAGAGCAGGGGGGACUUUCUUUCUUAUUUGCUAACUUCGAAAAAUGAACACAACACGACACACACUUCAAGAGGCAGAAUGAAUCACUGUGAAUAUUUUACACCACGUGUCAUAUAAUGCUCAUGUGCAGCUUAUCUGCGCGCACACGUUCAGUUACAACUGUCAUAGGCGGCGCUGUGUUCGUGCCUCCGAACCUCUGUGAACACGCACAAAUGCAUUUUGGCAUCAGGGAGGAAGGUGCUAUCUCCUUUUGAAAUCAGCUCAAUCCAAAGACAGAAACGAGAUUAUUGCCUGUAACAUAUUUCAGACUCAGCCACCUGCAGAAACUGUGAGACGGUGUGAAGCACCAAAGAGGAACACGAGUGCUCAGAUGUCAGCUCUUUGUGAAAACAUGAAACAGUUAGUGUCUGAUUGUGCCUUCAAGAUUUGCUGUUUGACGUCUAAUGGGGAAUAAAUGCCGUUUUAAAUACAUACAUUACAAAUUUAUAAUGUAUAUGUCUUUAUAUAUUUUAUAAGGUUCAAACUGCCAAAACAUUUUGCUUUUUUUGCUUUAAUUGUUAUAGAAAUUUGUAACGAGAUGUUUGAGUUUUACUAUGAAAUUAUUUUGUACAUAUGCAAAGUGUCGACUGUGUCUGAUCAAUCAGAUUUUGUUUUUCAAGGGGCGUCUUCUUGAAAAAAAGGGAUUGAAUUUAUUACAAAGGGCCAGGGAGGGGAAGUGUAAUUUGUUGUAAAUAAAAUAUUUUCUAACUUUUUAUUUAAA